AUGGCAGAGUCGGCAACCGUGUUGCGGCCGAGGAUUUCCAAAUCGUGCGACCAGUGCAAGGCACGCAAAGUGCGAUGCAUACGAGAUAAACCCGAUUCCCAGACUUGUAACAAUUGCCUCAAACGGCGCCAGCAAUGCCAUUUCAGCCAAACAAAACGGAAAUUGAGGCUGCCAGAGUCUGAAAAUCCUCCAAGCCAUGGUGAUCAGUUACCCGUCAUCCAGACACCAAGCGACGCUAGCUUGGGGGAGUCUGCUCCAAGAUGGGAGCAUCCGCAGACAAUCUACAUUGAUCAUCUUCUAGAGAAGAGAUACAUUGACGGUGUUGGUGGCUGGAGAAACGAGUCUUCAAUUGUCAAGGCUGAUGAAAACCUCGGAUCAGUUGCAAGCGCUAGUCUUGCCUUCUUCUCUGAAAGCAGAAUCCGAUCAUUGUCCGAGCGGCUAGGGCACAGCAAGCUCCGGGACCUUAUCGAGGCAAUUGGCUGCGUCAUUAAUGCUAGAAUGAAUCGUAGCAACGAUAUUUACGAAUGGAAGGGCCCCGGUGCAAUGAUCAAAUUCAAAAGUCCGGCCACGCCAGAGCAAGUCUCGGCGGAGGCUGCCGCGGGGUAUAUAGCAGUAUAUUUUGAACAAGUUCAUCCGAUCUAUCCAUUUCUCGAUCGGCAAAGCUUUGAGGAGAAAGCCCACAGUCGGGACUUGCCCACCCAUCUGUCUGCAAGUGCGGCCUUUUCUGCUUUGUAUCAUUCUGUGCUAGCUCUAGGUUGCCAGUACACGGAAGGUGGAUCUUUCGAGACAGGCAAAGGCAAAGCGUGGAAGCUAUAUCAAAUUGCUCUGGGCUUGUUUCCAGACCUUCUUCUCCCACGAGAGGCUUUGGAAAACCUUCAAACCAUAUUUGCCUUAAACCUUUCUUGCAUACAGAUCGAAGAGACAUUAAUUUCCGAAGCGGCAAGGAUGGCCCAAGCAUUGGGAUAUAAUAGAGCCACAAGUGUCGACGCGGGCCAUAGGACUUUCUGGGUUAUAUAUACCUUAGAAAAGACCACAUGCUUCUUCGCCGGCACCAGUUCGGGAUUGAGUGACUUCGACAUUGGCUGCCCUCUUCCAGAAAUCCCCGAAACUGUAUUUGGAGGUGUCGAUUGGUUCCUUUCGUCAGCUCGGUUUGCCCGUCUGGUUUCACGGGCCUAUGAAAUGCUGUUCUCAGUCACAGCUACGAUGAAGACGCCUGAGCAGUACUUUUCUGCUAUCGACCAGGUGAAUGAUGAUUUAGACCAAUGGAGAAACUCGCUCCCAGUAGAAUUUCGACCUGGUGACCCAUUUCGACCCGGAGGAAGUAACACGUCCUGGACUCUGCUGGUCGCUCUGCGAGCACAUUUCUUCUACCAUGCCGUGGUCAUCGCCCUAUGCAGGCUCACACUACAUGUCGGCGCUGGCACAGCAUCUGGGCGUAUGGAAGACGCCAAAAAGAGGCUCAUGUACACCGCACGUCAAAUUAUCGAAAACACACGGUAUAUUGAUGCUGAGCCUUACACGCCAAUCUGGAUGCUUGGUGUAAUUCCACUUUCGGCAUUGUUCAUUCUUUUCGACUUUGUCGUCCACAAUCCCUCCCAUCCGGAAACUAGCACCAAUCUAGCUCUUUUAGACGUUGCUGGCGGUUACUUUAGUCGGCUCGAGUAUGCAACUGGAGGUUCUCUUCCUAGCUCCUUGCUUUCAGACUUUGCUCACAUUGCACGCCAAUUCGUCCGAGACAUCAAUCCUGAACAGCGCAUGGCUGCUGAAUCUGUCACUAGAUAUACCCCAUAUCUCUCUACGAAAUCUUUCGAAGGGAUGUCACAGGCACCUCAGCCAAUGACAUAUCUGCCUACCCAUUUACCGACGAACCAAAUGCCUAUCCAUGGUGAAAUACCUAAUCAAGUCUCUGUACCUUACACAGAUCAACUAUUUUAUCCCACUACUGACCUACAGCCUCUCAUGGGUGGCAAUAUUCCUUCUGGCUUCGAUAUCACAAACCUUUUCGACGCUGUUAUUCCCGAGUUUCCGAACCUCUAG